AUGGCGGGUCAGGGGCCGGGUUCAGGCCUGUGUGGACGUGACAGCUGGCAUGCUCGCCGUGCAACUGCAGGACGCGGACCUCUUAUAGGCGCUUCGGAUUCUGCCCCACAUGGUGCGUCCUCUCCCCCAUUGGUGCUCCUCCAGUCAUUCUCUGCUGUGAGAUACGAAACUUUCAUCCGUACAUCCCCUUCCCCCAUCCGCCGCCCCACGCGGUCCGCCUCUCCCCCCAUUCGUGCUGCAUCAAUCAUGUGCGACCGUCAUUAUCAGCCCUGGCCCCACAAUGGCCUGCUGCAGCUGCCGGUGUUGAGUAAGCUAUUGAGUAGCCAUACUAGUUUUCCCGGUGCCUCCCCUCCCCCCCCUCUCUCCUCUUCCUCUCCCUCCCUCUCUCCCCAUCUCCAUGCCACCCCUCCAUUGCACAUGGGAUGGACGGGUCCCGACAUUCAUCCCUCCCCUCCCCCUUCUUUCUGGCCGCCCAACGUCCUGCCUCCUCUCCCCCCAUUCGUUCUCCGCUGGCCGCCCCACGUCCACGUAGUACCUCCUCUGCCCCCACUAGUGCUCCGCCAAUCAUAUGCGGCCGUAAUCAUCAGCGAUGGAGUGGUGGAGAAGCAGGGACGUGGGCGGGGGAAGAGAAGGUGGGGAGGGAAGGGAGGGGGAGCAGGGGCAGGGGCAGGAGAGGGAGAGGGAGGAGAGAGGGGGGCAGAUGGAGAAGGAGGAGGAGGAGAAGGAAUAACAGGAGGAGGUGAAGGAGGGGGAGAAGGGGGAAGAGAAGGGGAGAGUGAGGAAGAGGGGGCAGAAGUGGAGGAGGUGGAAGGGACAGAUUUCGAGGAAGGAACCGAGAAGCUUCUGAGGGAGAUGGAGAGGGAGUUGAGUACAAUCGAGCAAGUGGUUCGGGCGAGUAGCAGCAGGGGGCAGGAGGAGUUGUAG